AUGAGUGAUUGCAGACCUAUUGAUACUCCCAUGGAUCCUAACAUUAAGCUUGUACCGGAACAAGGGAAGCCCUUUUCAAAUCCAGGAAGAUAUCGAAGAUUGGUUGGAAAAUUGUUGUACUUAACCGUCACUCGCCCUGACAUCUCUUUUGCAGUUAGCGUUGUGAGUCAAUUUUUGGAUUCUCCGUGUGAUAGCCAUUGGGAAGCUGUCAUUAGGAUCCUACGAUACAUCAAGAAGUCUCCCGGGAAUGGUGUUUUAUACAAGGAUCGUGGAAAUACAGAGAUUGUUGGUUAUACUGAUGCAGAUUGGGCUGGGUGCUCUUGGGAUAGAAAGUCAACUUCAGGGUACUGCAUUUUUCUUGGUGGCAAUCUAGUAUCUUGGAAAAGUAAGAAGCAAAAUGUGGUGGCUCGAUCAAGUGCAGAGGCAGAAUAUCAGUCAAUAGCCUUGGGAACAUGUGAACUAAUCUGGUUAAAGCAUCUCUUGACUGAAUUAAAUCUUUGCAUGAAAGGGCCUAUUAAACUGAUGUGCGACAAUCAAGCAGCCUUGCAUAUUGCAUCCAAUCCUGUCUUUCAUGAGAGAACAAAACACAUCAAAGUCGAUUGUCAUUUUAUUCGCGAAAAGAUUACAUCCGGGGAAAUCGUUACCUCAUUCGUGGGUACAAAUGAUCAGUAG